AUGGCUGCUCCUUCAAAUUUUACCAUCAUUCCUUCUCAUUCUGGUAACCCAAACCUUACCAUCACUAUUGUUUGGCCUGAAACUAAUAUUGGUGUACUAGCAGUGGUUGAUUGUCCAUGUGGUACUAAUGGCACAUCAGGUGGUGGUAAGCUACAAGCUACACGUUAUUGUGGAGGUGAUUUUACUAAUGGAGCAGUUUGGGAUGCACCUGAUGUAAUGAGAUGCAAUUUCAGUGACUUAGCUAGAACUAUAUGCCGUCUAAAAGAUCUACCAGUUGGAGAAAGGGUCAGAGAGCUUGAGACAUUAACUAGUGACAGCAGUGCACUAGGACCUACUGAAGUUGCUGCAAGUGUAAGUGUGUUAGUUUCUGCUACCGGUGAGCUUGAAGGAAAUAUAACAUUAACAACAACUUUUCUUGAUACUGUUGAUAACAUUUUAGUUGUGAAUCAGAAAGUUCUACAAGAAAGUCAGGAAUCAUCUAACACCUCUUCAAGGAUAUUAGAUGCGUAG